AUGUCCUCGAUGAAGACCAGAUUGGCGGCGUGUGAACCUUGCCGGCGGGCAAAGCUCGCGUGCGGCCAUGAACGGCCCACAUGUGCCCGUUGCAUCAGUCGCCGACAGGGGGAUUCGUGCUUCUACAGGGCGCGCCCUUUCCGCAGGCGAAACUCGGCUCAACAAGCCCCGGAGGAGGAGUCGACAUCGUCACCGCACCAGAAGGAGAAUCAGAGGGAGCGGGAGCGGGAUCUGUUGCUGCAUCUACCUGAAAGCGAGCUGUCUACCCCCGUGGCUUCUGCCACCCAUCGAUACCCGAACCCGGGAUAUCUAGGUACCUCCAGCCAUUCCACGUUUUUCAAUCAAGUGACUUCCCGCUCUGCACCUGAAUCGCCGGCUAAGAAUGGGGAGCUGCCUUUCCAAGCCGGGGUGGGUGCACCCGAGGAUCUGCUUCAGGAUCAUGCACUGGCGGGCCGGGCUAUCUACACGCUGAGACGCCUGGACCAGCUAGACAUCCCCAAUCUGCAUCUCCUUGUGCGUACCUGGCUUGGAAGAGGAGUCAACCUUCCAUUGGCGGAACCGUUUGUUGCGAGCUGUUCUGAGGCCAUCGUGGCCCUCGGUGCCAUGUUCAAAGAACGAGCCGUCACUGGUACCGAUAGUGACAACAUGGAGGUCUCAAGGUGGGCUAGAUUCAUCCUAGAAAACACUCUUAAACCCAUGAAGCUGCGAAGGAAUUCGACUUUGGCCGAUUUCAUCGGUCUGAUGGUUGGUGAUAACUUGCGCUGGGAGACUCUUGGCAUCUUCUUCACUGCUGCUAGUAGAGCCUGCCUUGAUACGCCUGCCUUCAAUGCCCUGUAUGCCAAUGAAGAGGAGCGGCGGGUGCUGGUGAAAACGUUAACUUAUAUGAGUGACUGCUGCCUGGAAACAUGCCUUGCGCUAGACUACCUGAACGGCUUGCAGCUUGUUCUCCAAUAUGAAAACUUCGUUGUCCAUUCCCAGGUUGACGGCGACCAGAGCUACCAUUCAUGGCGGAGAAUGGGUGAUCUUGCUAGCUCUUUGUUCGCGUUGGGGUAUCAUGAGAAAAUUGACGAACUAUCAUCAGAUAUUCCUGCAUUUGCGUCUGAGCUGAGGAAAGCCUGUUUUGCUCGAGUCUAUGCCGGUGACAAGAGCCUCGCAAUAUUCCUCGGCCGACCCCCGCGAAUCGGUAAAGAAUACUGUUUCUUUCAGAUCCCUGCUAACGUGCCGGAGGUGUGGUCUCCCACCCAUAUGGAGACUGCUGGCAACGAGGCUUCUCCCUAUCAGUCAGGGACCGAUCCCAUCACAAAGCAAGUGCCUAAAGGGCUCGAGCCUAUCAAUUAUAUGGCAGAUACAUGUUGUGCAGCGCUGUUUGCCUUUAUCAAGGAGGAUAUCCUCCGGCUUUUGCGCGGCACCAAUUCGGUGCGAGAUGAGGAGAUUACCAACGAGAUACGAUUGAGGAUUGAAAAGCAAUGGCUCGAAUUGCCAGACCAUUAUCGCCUGACAACUAGUCUAAAGGACUGCCGCCGUGCUGCCUUUGAGCGAGAUUUCCUCGUUGGAACACGCCUCGACUAUCUGCAUACCCACUUUCUUCUUAGCUUAUCCUCGCAGGCCAAGAUAUCUGAACCUAGCGAGGCAAUGCUCGAGGUCGCAGGCGAGAUAUUGUCACUCAUUGUAGAAACAAUAAUACUUCGUGACUGCCUUGUGAAUGCAGGGACAAGUCUUAUAUGGAAGGUCUCGCAGUACGGUCUUCCUGCUGCUGGAAUAAUCUCUCUCGCCUUAUUGAACACAUCUAUCCCACCAUCGGCCGUAGCGCCUUCUAGGUCGAAGCUGGUGCAAGACUUGAGUGUUCUGGCAGCAGAGAUCACGGUGGGGGCAUGGAUCCAACCGGGAGAUCCGAACUUUGCUCUCUUCACACGGGCCACCAAGACAAUCCAGAGUCUCUUGGACUCAUUGAUAUCCUGGCAGACUAAUCCAGCCCCUGCGCAGUCUGAGCAGCCAAUGAAUGUGAAUUUCAUGGGUGACUUGGAUCCGAGCUUCAACUUCCAGUCAUGGGAGUUUGAGAUGAAUUUCUGGACAGACCUCGCGGAGCACCCGACGCUACUGAAUUGA